AUGACUUUACACAAAAAUGUGACGAAGAAACUGCUUCCGCGAGAGAUGAAUUUAGAUGAAAAUAUGAAAACUGUCGAACUAGCGAGGAGAAUUCUCCAUAGACAACGGCUUGGAACAAACAUAUUUGUCGGUGGAAGAGCCGCGCCCCGCCGAUCUCUGAAAGAGUGGAAAUUACACUUACAAAGGCGCCCUGAAACAUCGCCGGAAAUGGGUGAAAAGCAAAAAAGCUUUCUCCCUCAUGUAAUCAAUUAUCCUUCCACACCAAACACACGCUAUACUGCCGAUGACGUUUCCAAGUUAGUUGAGAGAUUGUCAAGCUUCCCUCCAGAGAAAAUACCCGAAUCGAAAGGUUAUCCCAUGAAAUUACCAAAAACAAUUGUGUACAAAAAGAAAUAUUCGGAUGAUGAAAUCCAGAAAAUAGUGCGUCGUCUUACAGUAGAGGACAUUACACGUCCUAGACCGGAAACGAGGGGGGCCAUACCCAUGGUGGUCAGCGUCAAACCGAGGCAGACCAUGUCGCGUAUUAAAAAGUGUUCAGCGGAGGAAGUACAAGAUAUUGUAGAAAGGCUGUACAAAUUUGACGGUUCAAGACAUCCGCCGGAAUCACGCGGGAGUGUUGGUCAAUGGGAUAAUGGACUUGAUGAAGAAGAGGAGGAGAGGCAAUAG